ACCACCAACACAUCCAGCACCACCCACAGCACCGAAGAUGAUGCCUCGUUCGCGGUGGCUGAGCCACUCGCCAAGCAGUGGGUUCACAGGCACGGCCAGUGGCAUUGGAGGGGCCAGCCCCGACGAUGUGGCUGCGUCCAUCGCCAACGCCAUGAACCCCCUGCUCCCAGGCAUCGACACCGCAGGCACCCCGGCGUCCUCCAGCCUCAGUCUGCGGUCGGCGGAGAGUGCGCAGCGCGGCUCACAGGGCGGCCGCUUCGGCAUGGGCAGCGAGGCAAGAAAGCACAAGCACCGCGACAUCUUCACCUUUGACCACGAAACUGUCGUUCGCGCCACAUGGGAGUUUGUCCUCCACGAACGUGCUGCUGGUGCUGUGGAUCUGUUCAACAUGCACAGAUUUGUGUGUGACGGCCUGCAAACGCUGCAGUUGGAGAAGCUGACGCGACCCCAGUUGAAGCGCUGGGCACAAGUGUUUGAGCAAGCGGCACUGCGCUUUGGCGACAAGAGCGAUCCUGUGCCAGCGCACUUGGAGACGGCGUGCGACACCUACAUGGACCUUGUCGAGAAGCAUCCGUGUUUGCGACGCCACUACAACGCUCUUGUCUGUAAGAUGUUCCACCUGCAGAGCAUUGCCAUGGCUCGCGUGCUGGAGAAUCCGGACCUGGCGCCCGUCCUUGUCCCGCCCGCUUUUUGCAAGCUGGUUUACGAACGGUUUCUGCUCCACAUGGAUCCCGUCGCUGCAGAGCUCGUCUACACCAUCUGCCGAUACCCAGAGUAUCGGCCCAACGGUGGAAUGCCGUAUCAGGUUGCGCUUUCGCGAUUUCUUGACGGCCGCACGCUCCCUGCGCACGACGCGUACCGCGUUGCUGCCGGAUUCGUCGCCGUUCUCCCCUUUAUCCUCUACGACCACUGCUCCAAGAACAAGGCGCAGUUUGAGCAGACCCACCGCAAUCUGGUGCGGCGGGCGAGGGAGCUGAAGGGCGCCUACACCCACGCCAUGGCCACCGCCCGCCACGCCUCCAAGGAACUCCGGGCCGUCGGUCAGCACGUGCUCCUGCUGCGCACCUGCCUCUACGUCGCCGAUCCACACGCCUUUCUCGACGUGGACCCGACCUGGGACCUGCCGGCAUGCAGACCCCUGCCCCACGAGGAGUUUCUCACCCCAAUCACUGCCGAUAUCGGGGAUGUGGUGACGACGGACGUGUUCCACGAGCGGUUCCUUGAUUUGACCGGUGGAUUCCACGUGUCAACGCCAGAGCAUCUCAGGGCAAAGGCGGUGCAGCCGCGCUCGCAAGGCAGCUCGCACAUCCAUGAUCUCAUCACAGACAGCCUUCUUGACCUCGCGGCGUUUGGGACGGACGAUCCAUACUCCACAGAUGACGAUGGCGACGAGGAUGGUGAUGACGAUGCCGAUGACGAUGACAAGUUUGGUAGUGGCGAUGAAGGUAGUGGCAACCGUGGCGAGAACAAUGACAACACGGACCAUACGGAUGGGGAUGAGGUGACGAUUGACGGGAUCAGCCCGGCAAUGAUGCGUCAGAUUCCGCCCGAGCAACAGCGGCGGCUGAAGAUGUUUCUUGAGGCGGGGGACAGCAACACCACGGACGAGGACGACGGCAGCGUGUACUCGGACUACGACGACGACGACCUGUACUGGGAGGAGUGCAUUCGCAGCGGACAUGAUGAUGACGAUGACGAUGACGAUGACGAUGUUGCUGCUGAUGAUGGCGAGGCCCGCGGCGGCGACGGCGUGGGGAAAGUGGGCAGGCAUGAGCUGCUUGACGAGGAGUGGGAGCUGUGGAUGGCCGACGCAGCACGCAGGGCCGAGGAGACACGCGUGCAGUACUACGAGCUGAUGCUUGCACGUGAGGCGCGGGUGGCAGAGCAACUGCACGUUGCUGCUCAGCGGUCCCCGCAGCGCGUGCGGCGGGAGCGGCAGUUUAGCGACGAGACAACCAAGGGCACAGACAGCAACCCAGACAGUAAGGCAAGCGGCGACGCCGCUAGCCGACGUCGUCGUGGUGGCGGCAGUGGUGGUGAUGGUGAUGACGGCCGCAACAAUGAUGACGAUGAUCACAGUGUCCAUUACGAGGUGAGCGGUGCUGGGAAGCAGUCGGGAAGCAGCAGCUCAUCACCUCGCGCGCCAGCUCGCACGCGCAAUCAAACGCGCGCGACGCUGAGCCCCGACGACGGCGACGACGGCGACGACGGUGAUGAUGUUGGUGAUGAUUGUGAUGGCGACGAUGCGGACGAUGGGUCUGGUGGUGACAAUGACGGGGAUGAGAUGGCAAAGCUGAAGGAACGAAUGCGCGGUGAGCACGACAUUGACCCGGAGAAGUUUGAGCGCUGGUGCGCCCUCAUGGCAGACGCGAAGAAGAAGAACCAGGAGCUGAACAACAUUGGAACCCAGGCAGGCAUGUCUGUGAUGCCAUACGUGAGCGCCAACUACCAUGUUGUUGCGUAUGAGGACGAAGAGACGACAGAGCGCUACACGUACACGGGGCCGCUGGUGCCGCAGCUGGAGAAACUGCUGGCCAAGCUCUCUCCGCACGACCUCGUCACCGCCGCAGAGCGGGCGCGGCAGUAUGCGGCGAUUGUUGAGGACGGCAUUGCGGUUCUGUCUCUCAUCUGCACCAACCUCGAGCUCAUCGCCGACGAUAAGCGCGUCGCCAUGGAGACAAUGACCGAAGUCAUGUGCCGCCUCGAGCGACAGCUGCUCACAGACACGAAACUGUUCCACGAGAUUCCGCCGUCAGAAAUUGAUUCGCAGCCACCGCUGAGCUUCAACCCAAAGUUCAGCAACAUUCGCACAGAGCGCCGGCACAUCAACGCCACCAAACUCUGUCUCGAGUCCAUUGCCGUCUGCCGCGAAAUCACAGAGCGCCUGAUUGCGCAUGCGAAUGAGGCGCUUGAGCCGCUGCGUGCACGCAUGGACGUUGCCCGCCGGGAGAUGCUCAAGGUGUACGAUGGCAAGAUUGACCGCAGCCGACAAGUGCGCCAGGUCUACCCGAUGCGAGCAUACCACCACCUCAACUAGCUUUGUCUUUCCCCUCUCUCGGUUGUGCUCCACGGACCAGUGUAUGUGUGUGCGUGUGUUUGUGUCGAUGUGUGUGUGUGUCUGUGUCUGUGUGUCUG